AUGGCCCGAAAUCAACCUCACUCAAGACAGCGUAAUCCCAUCCCAUUCCCCUUCCUGGGAUCACCUGCUGCUCAAUCUGAAGCGGAUGCCUUGGAUCGGGCCGGAAAUAACUGCCUGGAGGCCCUGUACGCUGAAGCUACAUCAGAUCUGUUGGCGUUGCGUAGACAGCCAAGAACAAGGUCAGAGGUUGAAUGCAAUGAAUUGAAGGCGCGAGUGGUCGCCCUAGAACAGGUACUCAGUGAAACAAUGACGCCGGUCUCCCACCGACUGGCAAAGAGGAAGAAUGAACCACAACAACAUACUGUGAAUGAACAGAACCUAUCAGCAACCUCCACUCCUUCGGCCCAGCGGAUCACCGCGGGGGCUAUUCUGGCAACCAGCGCUCGACGAGGAAUUCCAUCCGCCACAUGGGACGCAUUAGAUUUGCGGGUUCAGUGCGAGCAUGAAGACCACGAAGCAUUCAUGCGAGCCUUAUCACCUGAAAGAAAAGCAUGGUCACUUCUUGCUCAGAGGUCGACCCAGAUCCGGAAGCAUCUGCAGGCAGAUGUAAAGCGGGCCAUUGCUGGCCCAUUACGAAUUAGAACUUUUCACAAGGAAGCUCUACGGGCGAUCGCAGAAGCAUUUGAGCAGUCGAGUUCCAAUAGACUGGACCAGAGCCACAGCGCUGACACGGCAUGGGAGCGACGGACGAACACUUGGAGACCCGGUCUGGACCUGGGCCCGUUGCUGGCAGGCACGGAAUUCACCCAGAGCAAACACCCGGCUAUCCAGGAAGCAGCCGAGCGCCUCUUGACCAUGCCUCGACUGGGCAAGAUCCUGCAGCAGGAACUUCCCGACAGCACCACGGGGCAUGCCGCUCUCGUCCAUGGUCCAGACGGCCGAUCCUACACCGUCGAUCAACUUGCCACUCACCGGGUCUACUGCGACCUAGUCAGGGCAGAUGGGCUGUGGGCGAUGCUUCAUAGCCCUGCGAUGGACCGUCUGCUGGCCCAGGCCCAUCACUCCCAGCCGUUUUUCGGCUUCAGCGACGUCGAGCUGCACCAGCUAGCCAUGGCACAGCGCGUUGCCAGCGUGGUCAUCCACUACGCGGUGCGCGACUCGAUACAUUAUAAAUUCGGCGGUUGGCAACAAACAGCAGCAGACGUACUGCAUGCACGACAGGGCUCCUGCUCGGGUAGUGUUAAUCUGACUGUGGCGUUAGCCCGUGCCGCUCGUGUUCCUGCUGGUGCCAUCCGCAUGCACGUUGAGGCCCCAGGCUACUUUGGACUCGUCGCUGUUCCCAACGUCUUGGGCGGCCGGAACAGGGUGAGCGUCCAUUACCAGGUCGGGUGGGUGACCUUGCAGUCCGAUGCCGAUACGGGACUCGCCUGGAAGUUAGUAAAAUCGGACCCGGCCGAUGACUACGAGCUCGGCGUUGCCAUAGAAGACUUCAACGCUCCAUGCUCUCGUGUUACCUGUUUCAAUGGCAGCGAUGACUGCAUUCUGCAGUUUGCGCCUGAAUAUGUUUUGGACGAUGUCGGCCCUUUGGCCAUCAUUGACGCGCUACUGCGCAAGCAAAAGCCCUUGAUGCCCUCUGUCGCGCACCGGCUUGAGCUCCUUCGAUCCAUGCAUCGCCGCGGUCCAGUCUCAAUCGAAGCUACCUGCCAGCACCUGGCUCUACAGAUUACCCAGAGUCCGUGCCAGGGACGAUACAAUGCCAUCGCCCAAUCCUACGACACAGCGCUGGAAUGUCUCAUUAAGGAUCCUGCUACGGCGGCCGUUUUCUCGGAUCAGGCUGCCCGGAAUUUGCGGGCUUUCUUGAAUAAAGCAUCCACACUGGAGUACAUGAUAAAUGGUGACCUUAAUCAACGCCUCUGGGUGGACCGGUUUCUUGAUUUUGCACAGUCACAGGCCAUGGAAUUCAUCUAUCUUCCUCGCAUGGCUGACCUGGCUUCGCGACUGAUGGACAUGGUUCAAGCCCUGUGCUGUGUCCUAGAGUCUGUCCCAGAAUCCGACCGCAGAGAGCUUCCCUCGGAGUUUGUUGCAUGGAAGCAGUACCAGCGCGUGAUGCAGAUUAGUACUGACCAUGCCGAGUGGGCGCGUCGGUUGGGAAAUAUGUACCGGUUCAUGACCCAAUGCUACCCAGCCGACCUUGAUUCUCAUUAUGGUCCGCGGGCAUCCCCUCGUUGGUUGCAGAAAUCCUACCAGGAGCGUUACCUGAGCUACAUCGACUCCAAGGCCUCGGAAGAAUUGAUGGAGCGCCCCACUGACAGCGCCCUCGCUUUCCUACUUGGUGACCAAGUCAGCAUAUACCAGAAUGACCAGGGCCAAUGGGAGGGGAGUCUUAGCUCAAUAUGCAACCGGGCGGGCAUUUCCAUGGAGCAGGUCCAGCAGGUCGCUAGCUUCCACGAACAUUUGCUCUCUGACGUGGCUGCAGCAACGUGGGAGCGGUACUCGUUCUUUAUGCGGCACCAUGCGGAAGGUAUUCGAUCCGGUCCUGACCUUGCUGUUGAGUUUGAAGCAUGGCUAGCUAUCUGGGAGCCGACCCUAGCUCGUCUUCAUCGUGACGAUUUGUGUCGUGAUCCAACAUACCCUGAGGCCAUCUGCCACUAUCUUCUACCUCGCACCGUUACGCAGACCCCUGCACUGAUUCGAACUGCCUUGGCGGAGUUCAUUGAGCUAUUCGAAGCUCAACCAGCCAGCAUGAGACCGCGGCACGAGGCUGAGAUUGACUUUCUCCUGCGCGGGUUUCUCUGUGCACACACCCGUGUUACAAUGGAUUCCUUGAUCGGCGAGCGGCAAGGUGGAUGGCUGAAACCCUACGGGGUUUUGUAUUCACUGUGGAAAGCCUACAUCUUACCUGUAGAGGAGGCUAUCGGCAUAGUCAAGCGUCUCAUAGAUAAUUCACAAACACAAUCCCUUCGUUCUGAAUAUGAUUGGCUGGGAGAUGUUGCAAAAAGCUAUCCUUACCAACCACGGGACGUGGAGUUGAAAGCCAUACCAUCACUGUGA